UAAGAGAUCUAUGUGGUGUUUGCACAUUUCAGAAAAACUAAAAAUGCAGACUGUCAUACUCAACUGAGCCAAUGAAGGAGUAGGGUGUCCCAGUGAUAAAGAGGGAGAAAGAGAGAUAAAAGAAAGAGAGAGAGAGAAAGGAGACAGAGGAGAAUAAAAGAAGUAUGGAGGAGGACAUCAGGAAAAGAGGAAUGUUGUACCUCCAGCAACAGAGGUUCGGCAAGAAAUGGAAGAAGGUGUGGACCAUCUUGUACAGAGAGAGCACCUGUUCCAUCUCCCGUCUGGAGUUCUUUGAGUGCAAGGACGGCAUGGGCACCCUGGAGAAACCAAACCGCAAGCAGGACAACAAGAAGGUGAUCAAGCUGAGCGACUGUAUUCGUGUGUCGGAGGUGGACAUUGAGGGAUGUCCUCGGGACUGUGGGCCUUUCCUGGUGGAAACCACAGAAAAGCUGUUCAUCUUUGCUGCCGACAACGCUGAACUAGAAGACUGGACACAGAGGCUUUGUGAAAUUGCUUUCCCAAUGAAACGAGGUGACCGCGGGGCUGGGCCCAGGCGAGGCAGUCUUCCCAGGGUCCUGGGAGACACUGACGGAGUCAGUAUGGAGAACAACAGCCUGUAUGGUGAAAGAAAGAAUGUGAUGAAAGACUUCAAGGUUUGUGCGAGGCGGUCGGAGAUAGCAGACAAGUGUGGCCUGAAGGGCUGCUACCUGAUGAGGACCGACCGCGAGAGCCUGCUGCUGAAGGAUCCCAGAACAGGAGAGGUGCUGUACUCAUGGCCCUACCGCUUCCUCAGGCGCUUUGGACGGGACAAGAUGACGUUCUCCUUCGAGGCUGGCAGGAGGUGUCAGUCGGGCGAGGGCAACUUUGAGUUUGAGACAAAGCAAGGCAACGAGAUUUUCCAGGCGGUGGAGGCGGCCAUCAACCUCCAACGGCCCACGAUGCCUCGCAGGCAGGCAUCAGGAGGCGUCAGUGCCCAGGAGAAGGAGACGCCAGCAGCGCCCCCUGCAGUUACGGUGGAGGAUCGUAGGAUCUACAGCACAGUGGACGAAAGGCAGGUCGGCCAGGCUGGACAGACCAGAACUGGACGCUCCCCUCCCGACGGUCAGCCAUGCCGUCUGGAUGCCCCGGCAGCUGACAAAGUCCUCACCGGAGUCAAGAGCCUCAACCUGGACUCCAGGCCCAUGCCACGUAAGAGCCAGGUGAAAAACUUCCGCAGCUGCCCGCUGGCCAAAUCUGAAGACCAGACCUACUCGCAGAUCACCCUGGGCAGCAUGGACCAUGGCACAGAGAGGUCGCGGAGCCCGGGGUCACUGUCGGCGGACGCUGACCCGGACUACUCGCUUCCUUUCGACGCUAUCGCCAAGAACGUGAUGGCGGAUAUACUGCAGGUGUCUCGGCACGGCGGCCUGCCUGCCCUGGGUGACCAGCAGCAGACCGGCGAGCGGGAAGCAGCUGUGGGGCAACACGACGACCUACCGGAUCCACUUUAUGACUCCAUCGACGAGAUGGCCAUUGGAGCGGGAGCGAUCCGGCUUCGCACCCCCAACCCAAAGACGUACACCAGGGCCGAGCACAUCUAUGACGAGCCAGAGGGAGUUGCCAUGGGGCCAGCCGAGAGGGCAGUGCCGGGCAAGCAGGGCUCCGCUUCACCAUCAUCUGCCGGAAGCAGCGCCACGUCACUGUACGACGACCCCGAGGAGGUCAAAGGUCAGGCGUGGAGGAUCAUGGGUGAGGCAGGGGACCCCAGCGGGCACGAGUACCCAUACAACCCCAACGCGGACGACUAUGCCGUCCCAAAGCCACCUCGUCGUGCUUUCAAGCCCGCGUUAGACCGCGAGCUCGAGGACAACCGGGACAAUGGUCUGUCCCCUUACGACAAUGUGAACGUGAAAAAGAAAAAUUGACUCGAGUUCAAAGACAGACACGAAAUCCACAAACUCUAAAAACACUCAUCAGAUCAUGUCAGAUACCACACGUCUUUUUUUUUUAUUUCCGUUGAACUGUAGUUAAUUUAAGAUGGUGACAUGAUCUGCCGUUACUUUGCCAUGCUAUUACUCACUCAUCUCUCAGAAAAGAAGAAGUGAGCAUAGGCGGGCUUGAAGGGGAACUAGGAACAGCCAGUGUAAAUGUGUGAACCUAAAUGUGCUUGUGGCUGAGCACACUUCUGCUGGGGUCUUUAAAAAAAAAUGUCAGUAGUCUGGCCUUAUCACUUUGUCGCUGUACGAUGGCAAUAUUCAUGUUAUUUGUAUUUGUUAAGUAAAUGAU